AUGGCGGAUAGUGAUAGCGAUAGCGACAGCAGCAGAGAUGGUCAUGAUCUCAUUAACCCAUAUUUCGACAAUGAAUACAACGAUGAUGAUGAUGCUAAUGGUGAUGAUGACGAAGAGGUCUUUGAUCUGAUCGACUAUGAUUCCACGGCUACGCUUGGCAGUCUUACUAUCUCCUCUUUUUCAUCGACUGAUCUACUCAGUACUAAGAUUACGUCUACUCGCAAUGGCGAUGCACAAAUCCUGAGUACUGUCUCGCAGUUCACGAGUAUCCUUGCCCAAACCGGAAUUGAUGGCCCUCGCCUGUUGAAAGCUGUCAACCUCAAGACGAGGGCCGUAAAGAUAGGCGCCGGGUCCCAGUUCACCGUGUACAAGGAUAAACCGGGCAUGGGAUACAUGGGCAACGAAGGCCUCGUUAUCAAACGAGUCAAUGUGCCCAUUUCGUACAAGCAAGGCCAACGGUUCGCAGCCGGUUCUGAGUAUCGUCUCCAGCUCCGCACCCUGGAACUUGAACUACUUGCACUGGGGAAUCCGAUGCUCCGGAAUAAUCGAAAUAUCGUCAGUCUAGUUGCAUGGGGAUAUGAUUUUCCCUUCGCUGAUACUCCGGUACCAGUGCUGUUCAUGGAAGCCGCGAUAAUGUCGCUUUCUGACUUCCUCGAAGCCGAGAAUGAAGCGAUGCUAGGUCCCAAGCCAUUCGAUGUGAAAUACCAGUUAGGUCUAGAUAUCGCCAACGGGUUGGAAGCUUUGCAUCGUCUGCAUAUCGUUCAUGGUGAUGUCAAACCUGACAACGUUCUCAUCUUCCAGGGCAACAAUGACAAGGUCCCAUUUUGCGCAAAGCUGAGCGACUUUGGCGUCUGCGUUGACAUGGACGCGCCCGAAAACAAACUUACGAUCAACGACUACCGCGGUACCCCCGCAUGGAUUGCUCCUGAACUGUCGGAUUAUAAUGAGGGCAAGUUCGGCCCCUUCGAGCCCGAGCUUAUGCUUCGUUUCGACGCAUAUAGUUUUGGCCUGACGCUGCUCUCGAUCUUCACCAGACACGGAAACCCACCAGAGUUAGGCAAGGACCCGAGCGCAGUAGCCAAGGAGGCGUUUGAGUUGCUCAAAAGCCAAGAUGGCCUUCCACCGUUGAUACGCUCGACAAUCAACUCUGCAAUCCGACGUCUUCUCACGGAAGAUCCCAGGGCACGAGCUCUGCCCAGCGCCGGGCUUUUGAAGGCAGACAAUCCAGCGUUUGCAUCAUGGUUCUCCUUGUCUCAAAUCAACAGCAAGUCAGUGCCGCAUGUUGGUACUCUAGAUCCCAUGUAUAACAAGGGUCCUUUAUUCUGGUACAGGCUGGAUCCUACAGUGCUCUUCGAGCUUGAAUCUCAAUAUAAUCUAGCAGAAAACGACGAUAAUCAUCCAGAUUUCCCCGGUUCAGUUCUCUUUGGCAUGGCUCAAAAGGUCAUCGGCUCCAAGGCUGCUCAUCUUGACGGUCUUCUUCGGUAUUUGACCGGCGCAUCAAAGGCUGGGUUUUCACCUGCGAGGGCUGUGUAUGCUCAGAUUAUGCAUGCCCAUGGCAAAGAGCCGGAAUUCGAGCCGGCUGUGCUCGAAGAGUGGACAUUGCAGGCUGUCUCCGAAGGAUAUUUCUUUGCACACCCUGCCGUCCACAUUAGUGCAGACAAAAUUGAAAAGGCAAAGGCCAAAUUCAGAGACAGCGGUGGUUUCUGCGAUGAUCCAUUUGGGCGCAAGAUUGAGACUCUAAACAUUGCUCGUGACAGAGAUAAAGUUGUAAAAUGGGGGGUGAAAACGGGCAAGCUUAUUGAUACAAAAGGAAACACGAUGCUUCACGUUGCGGCUGCAAUAGGCGCUCUCGACUCGGUCAGAGCUCUGGUCGAAAUAAAUCUGAAGCAGGCAGUUGACGUCCUAAAUGAUAAUGGCGAGACACCACUAUACAAGGCCUGUCAAGCAGGGCAUGUCGACGUUAUCAACUACCUUCUAGAUCAUGGCGCGACAGCAUCCCAGAGAACGAAACGAGGCAUGUUAUCGCCAUUGCACUGGCUUUUCAUGAUCCCUGAACCUUCCAUCGAACAUAUAGCCUCUCGCCUGAUCAAGACAGAUGGAGCCCUGGUCAAUGCAACUAUAAUUCCCACGGUGGCCGUAAACAGCGAUCAGUUCGGAGAAAAGAUCAAUAUCUUCCACUAUCCCUUUGAGCUCCCGCACGGCACUCCCCUCCACUGGGCCUGUUUCUUCCGUAACACGACCGCUAUAGACACCCUCAUCGCGUUGGGUGCCAACAUCAAUGCAACAUAUCAUGGCUCAGAUGAGUCGACGACUCCUCUCGCACUGACAGCCUGGUUCAGUGAAUCAGAUAUCGCAAGCCUUCUGAUCGGCCACGGCGCCAACGGCCGCCAGCAGGACGCAAAGGGCCGCAACAUCCUCCAUGCCGUAACGAAGUACUUCCCCGACCGACAUGGAUACUUGGCACACGACUGGCAUUACUGGAUCCGACACGGCAACUGGGAGGAGCAUCGGGAAAAGAUGACAGCUCUGGUCCGCGUGCUGGUCCAUGAGGGUGGAGCAGAGAUUGACGCUCUAGAUAAGGGAAGGCCACCGUUGAGUCCCAUUAUGGCUGCAGCUGAUGCGGGCGUGUGGGAUGCCGGAAUGAUCUGGGCGCUUUUAGAAGUAGGAGCGGACGUUCGACAGGCUCAGGAAGGGAUACAAGAUACAGUCCUGCAUUCCUGGGCAUCGACCAGAGGGCCAAGGAUUGCUUAUCCACAGGGCUACAUAGGAACAUUUAAGAAGAUCGUGACGGCAAUGGAUGCAGUCGAUAUCCGUGGUUUAUACGAAGACGACACGCCCUUACAGAAAUUAGCAACAGUAUAUCACCCCGCAGACGAGUUUGAGGAGUGCUGCCGGGUUCUUCUUUCGCAUACUCAGCCUGCCGAUAUCAACAAAAAGACCAGCCGGGGCGCCACACCGUUGCUCAUCGCCUUGCAGGGAAAAUGGGACCCUGUCCGCCGCGGAUUGUUUCUCCUCGAGAAAGGAGCGAAUCCGCUACUCACCAUGACAGAUGGGAAGGACGUGUUCUUCGCAGUGGCGAGCAACGAGUCGUUGAGCGACCAGCAGAGCCACGACCUGAUGCAUCAACUCCUUGACCAUGUGGAUCCGGCAAGCAAAGACAUCCGACAGACAUAUCAUACACACUUUCUCAAUCGAAACCCAGCAGGAUGCAUGCACGCACUCUUCGCCACAGCAGAGAAGGGCAAGCUGAAAACGACCCUCCUCGUGCUUGACCUCGGUCUCGCCGCGCGUAUCAACGAGCUCAAUCCUCUCAAGUCCCCGCCCAUCACGGCACUGGACCAUGCGCUAUCCGCCGCGGAAAAGAGCCGGCGCGAACACCUGGAGACCCUCGCGACUCGCAAACACGGCGAUGAGUCGCACGAUUAUCACCAAUGGCAACUCGGGCCACCGCCUCACGCGGCAGAAGCCUUCCGCAACUUUCCCGAGCUUGUGCGCGUGCUCAGAUCGCGCGGCGCGAAAUGUGCAUGGGAACUCACGAUGCGUGGAUACCUCACACAGCGAGUCCGGGGCUUUACCUCCGCUAUCUUCCAGGGAGGAGGCGUCACGCCAGCCCAGCAGCAGCCGGACGGGGAUCGUUGGCAGAUUGUGUACGACCUGGCUCGGUAUCCCUCUUGA